UCAUAAAGUUCUGUAAGAUUUUCUGCUCGUAGUAGCGAUGGGUUCAUCUAAAAAGCACAAGAAAGAAUCCAAAAAACGUAAAAAGCGUUCCCGCAGUCGUUCACCGCAAGAAAAACGGAGUCGUUCCUAUUCAGUGGAAGAAGAUGACCUAGUAAUCGAAUACGAACAACAUCGCCAUCGGAAGGAACCAUCUACAUCCAGCAGCAGUCGGUAUGAAUCAUUGGAGAAGGCGCAUCGACACAAGAAGCACCGGAAGGAGAAAGCGUCCGAAGAUCGCGGUGAGCUCAGGUAUCAUCAUCAUCACCAUCACCACCGGAGGAAGCAACGCCAAGAGCAGGAAGAGGAACUCGACGAGGACGUUGAUCUUGUGGCGAAAAGUAGCGCACGAUAUCGCUAUGAAGAGGACGCCAGAAGAGACCGCAAACGUCAGAAAACGGCAAUCGUGGAAGUCGAUGAGGACAGCGACAGUUCUGAUUGUGUAGAGGUACCGGUGGAUAGUGAAAUUCCGCCUCCACCACCUCCAAUCAGUAGACGCGCUCUAUCACCGGAACCUAUACAGCAUGAAAGCAGAUCAUCUCGCAGUCGACGUACGCCGUCACCACCGGUGUUGCACGUUAGCCGCAGCAAAAUUACUCCGUCGCCCCCGCGGAUGCCUGCUUCAAGAAGACGUUCUAUUUCUCCUCCGCCACCUCCUCCUCCCAUAAGCAAUGUUGCAUCCCGCAGAAAGUCACCAUCGCCGCCCGUUGUCAGGGUUCCACGUCGAAGAUCACCUUCUCCCCCGGUAGUGAGGAUUCCACGGCACAAAUCACCAUCCCCUGCGCCUGUGAGAAAUUCAACUCGACAACGGUCGAUGUCACCGAUUCCUGAAAACGGUGCUGGGGAUGUGCUAUCAAUUGAGGAAACUAAUAAGCUUCGAGCAAAACUCGGUUUAAAACCAUUGGAAGUUGGCCCUUCUUCUGAGAGUUCCUCAGCUGCUGCAACGGCGGAAAAGCGGGAUGAAAACGCCCCGCGAAACGAAAAAACUGGGCAAAGCUACGAGAAAAUAAAGGACGAUUGGGGUGAGUUUUAUCACAAGCCGGCUGCCAAUCUGGCAGAGAAAACGAAGGAAGAUAAGAUUCGAGAAAAGCUAAAAGAACGAAAAGACAAACGAGCGGUUGAGGAUAAGCUGAAGGAACUGAAAACAUUAGGAGAAGAUGAGGAAAUGGAUGAUGUACGAAACUGGGUGGUAAAGAGUCGCGAUAAAGAACGGUUAAAGAAGGAAGCGGAACAGAGGGCUAAGCUGCUAGACCAGCUGGACGAGGAGUUUGGCGUAGGGGAAUUGGUUGAGCAGGAAGUACGUCAAAGCAGAAAAGAUUCGUACAAGGAUAGAGAUUUACGAGGGCUACGGGUGGAGCAUGAUGUGGAAGCUUUCAAGGAAGGUCGGCAGGUUAUUCUGACCCUCAAAGAUGCUGAUAUCUUAGAUGAAGAGGCCGGUGACACAUUGGUUAACGUGAAUAUGGUUGAUGAUGAGCGUUACAAAAAGAAUUUUGAGAAUAAAAAGGCCAAUCCGAACCACUACGGAUAUGAUGUGUACAGCCAGGAUGACGUAGAUGAAUUUGGAUUCCCAAAACAGCGUGAUGUUCUAGGAAAAUACAACGAAGAGGUUGGUGCUACUAAAAAGGCUAGUUUUACGAUUGGUUCCAAUGCGGAGCACGAAGCCAACGAAAAGAGGCGUCAGUUGGAAAUUAGAGCCAAACUUCAAAACAAGAAACUAGACUCGUUGGACACGGUCCCAUUGGCUCUGGCUUCGGAAUACUUUAACGAAUCCGAGCUAGCAUCGUUCAAGAAGCCAAAGAAAAAGGUCAGAAAAAUCAGACAAAAAUUGCGAGCGGAUGAUUUGCUCCCGAUGGCCGCUGAACCGGGUCAUGAUUUGGGAUCACGAUCGAAUCGUCGUGCUGGUUAUGAAGCUGCGAUGGUGGAACCUGUCGCUAAAGGUCGCAGCAGAGAUAUUCUUCUAACGGAUGACACGCCGCUCAUUGACGAGGAUCUAUCCAACGUACGCGUGGAGGAAGACGACGAAGAUCUGCAGGCUGUUCUGUCGAAGGCUCGUCGCCUCAAGCAGAAGGAAGCAAUAAUUUCGAAAACUCUCAGCAUAGAUCCCGAGCAGGUUAAGAAGGAAAUCAAAGCUGAAUUGUCGUCGGAGGAAGACGAGGAAAAUAACUACGACACAAGAACGCGUGACGGAGCCAUACUGCUGAAUGCAACGGCCGAGUUUUGCCGCACGUUGGGCGAUAUUCCGACGUACGGUUUGGCUGGCAAUCGCGACGAGGACGUCAAUGAUAUGAUGGACUUCGAGCAGGAUAGCGACAAAGAAGAGGCAGAAACCGAUGACCGUUACGGAGCUUGGAACUCGGUUAAUACCGAGCGCGAACAGGAAGAGCAUCUUAAUACCGGCCUUGAGGUAGAUGAUGUAGCUAUUCUGGAUGAAGAGCCGGAUGUGGCUUCUAGCGUGGCAGGGGCACUGAAACUGGCUAACUCGAAGGGCUAUCUGGAGAAGGAGGAAUCCAAUCGACCGAGUAACGCACGUUUUGCGCAUCUACAGGCACAGAACUAUUCGAUUGAAGAUAAGAACUACGGUGACGAUGAUAAGUAUGCACGGCGGGAUCGUUUCUGUGGUCCGAUUAUGGACUUUAAAGAGAAGGAAACGUUUAAACCAAAUGUUAAGUUGGAAUACAUUGAUGACGGCGGACAUUUGCUUACACCGAAGGAAGCAUUCCGAUAUCUGUCGCACAAGUUUCACGGUAAAGGUCCCGGCAAGAAUAAGGUUGAGAAGCGUUUGAAGAAAAGCGAACAAGAGGGGUUGAUGAAGAAGAUGAGCUCCACUGAUACUCCACUCGGUACGCUUAAUAUGCUGCAGCAGAAACAGAAAGAAACACAAUCGCCAUUCGUUGUACUCAGCGGAAGCAAGCAAAACACCAGCAUUGUCAAACAUAAGCGCUAGGAACGUGGAGACCAUAGUUUUAACAGAUCAAUUGGAAGUGCAGUGAAGUGAUCUACUGAUAGUGUGAAUUAAUCUGAAAAUAAAUAACA